CUGAGCUUGUUGGUAGUGUGCACGCGGAUCAGUGAUCACACACAGAGCUCUGCACUAGCUAGUCUCCCUUACCGUUUGCAGAGCACAAAGGCAGAACGGAACUCCAUGGACUCUUCCCCUGCGGCGAACCAACGCCGGCGUCCUCUCCUCACCAUCCUAGUUGCUCUCUCAUUGCUGCCGGUGGCGGUGCUCGCAGCUACUAGAGGCGAGCAGGAGGGCGACCGGGUGCGGUUCCUCCCCGGGCAGCCGGCGAGCCCGCCGGUGUCGCAGUUCGCCGGGUACGUCACCGUGAACGAGCGCAACGGGAGGGCGCUCUUCUACUGGUUCUUUGAGGCCCAGACGUCGCCGGAGAAGAAGCCACUCCUGCUCUGGCUCAAUGGAGGCCCUGGUUGCUCAUCUGUGGGCUAUGGAGCAGCUUCUGAGAUGGGCCCUCUAUUGGUCAAUGGCAACGGGACCGGUUUGGAGUUCAACAAGUUUGCAUGGACCAGAGAGGCCAAUUUGCUGUUCUUGGAGUCUCCUGUUGGAGUUGGCUUCUCAUACACAAAUACCACCUCUGACCUAGACUACCUAGAUGACGGCUUUGUCGCUGAGGACACCUACACCUUCUUAGUAAAUUGGUUCAACAAGUUUACUCAGUACAAGGGACAUGACUUCUACAUUGCAGGAGAGAGCUAUGCAGGUCAUUAUGUUCCUCAGCUUGCUGAGUUGGUGUAUGAGCGCAACAGGCAUCUUGAGAUGAAUAAGCGUCUCAAUUUGAAAGGAUUUAUUGUUGGCAAUGCAGUGACUGAUGAUUACUAUGAUGAAAAGGGUCUGGUUGAAUUUGCUUGGAGCCACUCGGUGAUUUCAGAUCAACUUUACAAGCAUGUAACAAAUGUUUGCAACUUCAGGACCAUCUUCUUUACAGGGGAAUGCGCCCGUGCAAUGAACCUUGUAUACACUCAGUACAAUAAGAUUGAUAUUUACAACGUGUAUGCACCAAAGUGCAAUACUGACCACUCAGCAUUUUCAUCUAGCUCUGACAGCACAACAGAAAAGACUGCGAAGAAGAAGUACAAAAGAUUGAGGAUGUACUCGGGAUAUGAUCCAUGCUACUCAAUCCACAUUGAAGAUUACUUGAACAGUAUUGAUGUACAGAAAUCACUUCAUGCGAAUAUCAGUGGAUGGAUCAAGGAUAGAAGAUGGAGUAUCUGCAGUUACUCAAUAUUCAACAACUAUGACGACAACAUAUUUACUGUUCGUCCUCUUUACUCCAAGCUUGUCAAGACUGGACUAAGAGUUUGGGUCUACAGCGGAGAUAUGGAUGGCAGGGUUCCAGUUAUUGGAACCCGGUACUGGGUAGAAGCGCUCGACCUUCCUAUCAAGUCACAGUGGCAACCAUGGUACCUAAAUAAUCAGGUUGCUGGAAGGUUUAUUGAGUAUGAAGGAUUGACCCUGGCCACUGUCAGAGGAGCAGGUCAUGAUGUGCCACAAGACAAGCCAGCAGAGGCGCUAGUGUUAAUCAGUUCUUUCCUUUCAGACAGAAAACUGCCAACCAAAAAUAACUGAUGGCUGAAGAAUAAAUUGCUGAACGAGAAGAGUGAAGAAUUACUCAUAUUGGUACAUUUGCGGAAUGAAUUUUUCUGAAAUGAAAAAGAUUACGUUGUCGGUAAAUGAUUGUAACUUUAGGAUAUCUGUGGGCAGGUCAUGUAGCUGCUUAAACUUUGAGAGUCCACUGUGGUAGUUGUUAGUGCAUAGUGCUGACAUCGACUAACAGCGUUUCAGAGCUUCGUGUCUCAGGGAAAAAAACACCAGCCUUGGUUUGUGCUUAUGUAGCUUCUUUCUAAUCAGGUCUGCGGAUGCUAUGUUCUGAGUCCUGUCGUUAUUAAAUUUCUGUUUUAUGGAAAGCUCUGGCCUGCUUUGAGAA